AUGGCUUCCAAAUGCCUCCAGGCUGGUUUCUCUUCUGGGUCUCUCAAGAGCCCAGGAGGGGCUGGUGGGGUCUCGACUCGCGUGUCCACGAUGAAUUCCAGCAGCUCUUGCAAGCUCCCUGGUCUCUCUCGCGGGGCCCGGAGUUUCUCUGCGUGCUCCACCGGACUGGGCAGAAGCAGCUACCGGGCGGCCAGCAGCCUCCCUGCUCUCUGCCUCCCCGUCGGGGGCUUCGCCACCAGCUACAGCAUGGGUGGGGACUGGUUUGGGGAGGGCAUCCUCACUGGCCAUGAGAAGGAGACCAUGCAGUUCUUGAACAACCGCCUGGCCAGCUACCUGGAGAAGGUGCGCCAGUUGGAGCGGGAGAACUUGGAGUUGGAGGGCCGCAUCCGCGAGUGGUGCCAGCAGCAGGUACCCUUCAUGUGCCCUGACUACCAGUCCUACUUCAAGACCACCGAGGAGCUCCAGAAGAAGACCCUGUGCAGCAAGGCGGAGAAUGCCAGGCUGGUGGUACAGAUCGACAAUGCCAAGCUGGCUGCUGACGACUUCAGGACCAAGUAUGAGACGGAGGUGUCCCUGCGGCAGCUGGUGGAGGCUGACAUCAACGGGUUGCGCAGGAUCCUGGAUGAUCUGACCCUGUGCAAAUCGGACCUGGAGGCCCAGGUCGAGUCCCUGAAGGAGGAGCUGAUGUGCCUCAAGAAGAACCACGAGGAGGAAGUGAAUGCACUGCGCUGCCAGCUUGGUGACCGCCUCAAUGUCGAGGUGGACGCUGCCCCACCGGUUGACCUGAACCGAGUUCUGGAUGAGAUGAGGUGUCAGUAUGAGACCCUUGUGGAGAAUAACCGCCGGGACGCAGAAGACUGGUUUGACACCCAGACCGAGGAGCUGAACCAGCAGGUGGUGUCCAGCUCGGAGCAACUGCAGUCUUGCCAGGCGGAGAUCAUUGAACUGAGACGCACGGUCAACGCCCUGGAGAUUGAGCUGCAGGCCCAGCAAAGCAUGAGAGACACUUUGGAGUCCACCCUGGCAGAGACAGAGGCCCGCUACAGUGCCCAGCUGGCCCAGAUGCAGGGCCUAAUUACCAACGUGGAGGAACAGCUGGUCGAGAUACGCUGUGACCUGGAGCGACAGAGCCAGGAGUACCAGGUGCUGCUGGAUGUCCGGGCGCGGCUGGAGGGCGAGAUCGACACGUACCGGGGCCUGCUGGAGAGCGAGGACAGCAAGCUUCCUUGUAACCCAUGUGCCCCUGACUACUCGCCCUCCAAGCCAUGUGUCCCCUGCCUUCCUGUGGCCUCCUGUGGUUCUGGCACAGCUCGCACAACCUGCAGCCCCCACCCCAUCUGUGUGCCCUGCCCUGGGGGCCGGUUCUGA